UGAGAGUGAGGGGGAUGACCGGAUGUGAAGGCUGAUCCACCGCGCUGCCGCCGGCCGCCUGCCCUCCCAUCUCCCCGCCGCGGCCGCGGCGCCGCUCGUGUGAUGGCCGCCGCCUCGGCGCCGUGGGUGGUCGCGGGCCUCCCGCCCGCCUGUCAGCCUCCCGGCAGCUGGCCGCCUCCUGUGCCUGCGCGCUGCGCCUGUCGCCGCCCGUCAGCGAGCCGGUGGCCGCCAGGUUCCACGUCGGUGUCACCCUCGCGCAAUCGCGGCCUGUCUACCUUCCGGCCUGCCGCCGCCAGCUUCCGCGUGACCGCGUCGGCGUCGCUGCCUCCUCAAGCCGACGAGCCCUGCGCCCCUACCUCCAGAGUCUCAAAGAAGCCAAACAAGCAGCAUCAUUUGUGGAUAAGGAAGGAUUCAGCUGGGUCAGGGAAAAAGGCUCUUCGUCUUGUUAAUACUGUUUCAAAGUUACCAAAUGAAAAAGAAGCUGUUUAUGGUGCAUUGGAUAAGUGGACUGCCUUCGAGCCCGAGUUCCCUACUAUUGCAGCAGCAAAAGCUUUGGAAAUGUUGAAAAGGCAGAGACAAUGGCUAAGAAUCAUCCAGGUAACCAAGUGGUUGAUGAGCAAAGGCCAGGUGCUGACAUGGACAACAUAUGAUACACUACUGUUGGCUCUUUUUAUGGAUGGAAGGAUGGAUGAGGUUGAGUCAAUUUGGAACAAUAUCAUACAAACUCAUACACGUUCAGUUCCCAAGAGGUUGUUCUCCCGGAUGAUCCUGAUAUAUGACAUCCGCCAUUGUCCAGACAAGGUUUUGGAGAUAUUUGCUGACAUCGAGGAGCUAGGGGUGCAUCCAGAUGAGGAUACAACAAGAAGAAUUGGAAGAGCAUUUGCAGCUUUAGGCCAGGAAGAUAAAGAAAGGCUUGUACUCAAGAAAUACUUGAAAAAAUGGAAGUACAUCCAUUUCAACGGCGAGCGUGCUAGGGUGCGAAUGGGAGGACCUUUGGCAUAGCAAGCAUUCUCUCAAACGCUUGAAGCAUGUAGGGAGAUGACCCGGAAGGACGUACCUCUACUGUAUCAGUUAGGGCAAACGAUCCGAGUAUAGUCUCAUUUUGAGUUAAAAAAAAGUAUAAUCUCAUUUGUGGUUACAGUCUUUCCUGAGGUUGUAUGAACAGUUGUCAUUCCUCUUAUAUGAAAGUGAGGAUGUAAUGCUCUCUGUAGGAAAUAAACAAUAUACUCAAUACAAUCACUAAGAGCAAGUAUAAUAGCAGCCUAUAAGCCCGCUAAAUGGUGAUGUGGAGAAGAGAGGAGAAGCAGAAGCGGGCUAUAAGGUUAUAGCCAGCUCGGACACAAGAACUAAAAAAACUCUAUGAGAGAGACAUGUGGGUCCUGGAUUAAUGAUAAAGAGCUAAUUACUAUAUGGGUGAGCUAAGAGAAGACUAUAAAGAGUCUUAUAGCUAGCUUGUCGACUAUAUUAUUAGCUUUGCUCUAAUAAGCUACUGUUAUUCUAGUUAAUAACAAGAUGCCAAAGUUGCAAUGUUAUAAACAAGUACGACAAA